AUGAAGGUGAAGUUUAUCAGACAGCUGGAAAAUAUUGUGGCUCUGAAGGGCAGCAGCCCUAUGCUGCAAUGUGAGAUCAACAAGCCAAAGGGAGAUGUCCAGUGGCUAAAAGAUGGCCAGGAGAUCUCCCCAAGCCGUCGGCAUACAAUACGGGCACAAGGUCGAGAGCGAAGUUUUACCAUCCGCCAACUAGUGGAAGAAGAUGCUGGGGAAUAUGUCUGUGAGUCUACGGAUGACAGAACCUCAGCAACUGUCACUGUAGAAACUCCUCGUGUUGUUGAGUUCAUAGCAGAGCUUCGUAACAUCACCGUCUGUGAAGGAGAAGAUGCAGUAUUUAAGUGUGUGGUUUCACCAGAGGACACAAAGUUGGUGUGGCGUUUAAAUGGCAAGCAAGUAGCUCUGAAUGAGCGUACUGUCAUUUCUAGCAAUGGACUAUGCCACAUGCUCUGCAUCAACAACUGCAUGGUUUCAGAUAGCGGCAGAGUGACAGCUGAUGCAGAGGGAUUGGUAUCAGAGGCAGAACUUCAGGUUCAAGAGCAACAGGUGCUGUUCACCAAGAAAAUGACACCAGUUGUAGCUGAAGAGUACAGUGAGGCAACUCUAGAGGUGGAAGUGAGUCUAGAUGCGGGAGAAGUGCAGUGGAUGAGACAAGGGGUGCUGAUCCACCCUGGGGCCAAGUAUACUCUGAAACACACGGGCCGAAAGCACAGUCUUACCCUCCACAAACUGGCUGUGUCUGACCGGGGCACCUACAGCUGUGAAACCCUCCAUGACCGCACGCAAGCCCAGCUCACAGUGGAACCACGCAGAAUCACAAUCAAGAGGGGUCUGACCGACAUUAAAACCACAGAGAGAGAAACGGCUUCUUUUGAAGUGGAGCUCUCCCAUCCCAAUGUACCAGGCACCUGGAUCAGAAACGGAAUCCAGCUUAAGCCAACAAAUCACUUUCGUAUGAGUGCCAAAGGACAAGUCCACAGCCUCACUAUCUCUAACCUAUCAGUAGAAGACACUGGCACCUUCGUGUUCUGUGUAGAGAAUCUGAAGACAUCUGCAAGACUUGUUGUGAAGGAGCGUGAACUGUUGACCCUGCAGCGUCUGGAGGACCUGGACAUUCAGGAGGAUCAGAAUGCUGUGUUUGUUUGUGAAAUCUCAGUGGAGGACGUGCCAGGAGAAUGGUACAAAAACGGGGAGCGGAUACAACCCACUAGCACCAUCAAGAUCCGCCAGGAAGAGCUUCCUGUCAACAUUGUCAAACCUCUGCAGGACAAGACCGCCCUCGAGAAAAGCCGUGUGAUCAUGGACUGCACCGUGUCCAACCCCAGAUGCAGUAUCCGCUGGUACAAAGGCAGCAAUGUCAUCCUGCCCUCUGAGCGCUUUGAGAUCUGCAGUGAAGGCUGCUAUCGCAAACUGAUCAUCCAGCAGGUGGCGCUAGACGAUGAGGGCACAUACAGUGUGCAGGUUGGAGAGUACACAUGCUCUGCAAAACUGACAGUGGAGGCCCAGUCUCUGCUGAUAAUCAGAGAGCUAAAAGACGUGGAGGUCAUGGCUCCUGAUGAGGCCUGCUUUGAAUGUGAGAUCUCAGUUCCUGUCCUUAAAUCCCCCAUAUGGAGUCUGAAUGGGGAGGCCCUGCAGCCGAGCUCUCGGGUUCGCCUGGAGAAGAUGGGAACAGUGUACAAGCUGACCCUCCGGCAGACCUCCCCAGAUAUGGGUGGAGUGGUGGAGUUCACCUUUGGGAAAACAAAGAGCAGAGCCCAGCUUCGGGUAGUGAGUACAGAGAAGAACACCAUUUACUAA